UUCCUUCGCUCCUUCUUUCCCACGAUCCUUCUCCUCUUUCCUUUUCACGCGCCGGUCCUAAAAAAAAACUACCCCAUAGCGACCCGAGUCGUACCUCGAUCCCCUGUUCCGCCACCGCACGACCCGAGUGCUGGCCGCAUCCAGCAGCCACAUCAUGUGGCGGCGCGACGAAGCAGCCCACGCCGGCACCUCCCUGCCGCUCCCCUCUCCCUCUAACCUUGCUCCACCACUCGCCGCCCGGCGCCUUCCGCCCGUCGGCCUCCUCCUCCCUGGAUCUCGGCUGGUCGAUCCUGCCUGUGGGCGCGUGGCUGGACCGCCCGACACCUCAACUCCGGUGCCAACGGACCUGCCAUCCUGCUCACCUGCCCGGGACUCCCGUGUGCUUCAGUGCAACGCCCUGCAGCAGCUCUCCCCUGAACCACACAUUCGUGGAGGUCAGCAGCAUAAAAGGAGAUUAUCAUAUUAUCCCUGAAUAUUCGUAUUGAAGAUCAUGUGUUGGAUGAAUUUUGGAUGGCCUGGUAUCUUUGAUUAUUCGUACUGAAGCUCAUUGGUACCUGUGCCAACAUUUUUCUAGGAGAUUAUCAUUUAUCUCUGAAUAUAUGUACUGAAGAUCACUUGUUGGAUGCAUUUUUAGAUGGUCUUAUCUCUACUCCUAUAAAAAACCGAGUUGGUGAUGAUGGUGUGUCUGCCAUCCUGCAAUAUAGACCGUACGAUCUAUAUCUCACGGAUAGAAAGAAAACUAUGACAAUUUUGCAAAAAGAUACCGCACCCCUCUCCACAUUUGCAGAUAAGUCCUUCCCUCGUUCAUCUUUGUCUCCCACAAGAUAAACAACUCGUAUAAAUGCAUCUUGAUGUUCCGUGCAACGCAUGGGCCUCUUGCUAGUAUCUCUAAAUUGCUACGCAAGAAUAUUGUUUCUCAUGGAAAACUGUUCCUUUUUACUAGCUAGAAUUAGACAGGGUAGUAAGGCAUAAGAGGUUAGUUGGUUGGUUUAGUCAACUUUGAAUUUAUCAAGAGUGAAGAUGUUAACAACCAGUAUAUGCACAACAUGUCACUGAAUUCUAGCUGUCUGAAUGUUAUCUCAUGAAUUUCAGUUAUCUCUGAAUAUCACCAGUACAUACUUGGCAUCAGUGGGUGUACAAGUAUACAGAAAUAACAUCAGCAUAUGAAUUUCAGUAUACCAAUACUCUGAAUCAGUGAAGAAUGAAUGUCCGAAUGUCGAUGUACAAGAAGUAAAAUCCUUGUGUUAUCCAUGUCACUGAAAUGUCAGAAAAGACUUCCUGUACAUCCACGUUCAUUCAAGUAUUUUCUGUAGAUCCACACUGAUUCAAAUGCAGCAAAAGCACUAGUAUUUAUCUGUAUAUCCACAUUCAUCCUGUUACAGCAAAACAUCAGCAAUUUCUCUGUCAAACAUCAGUAAAACAUUCACGUGGAGCAGUUUUCACGGCAAGCAAGCCACCGCGCAUGGAUGCAGCGCCGCGGCCGCUUGGUUUCCCUUGUGAGUGGGCAACAUCGUGUCGCCGUCGCAUGGAUGCAGCGCCGCAGCCGCUUGGUCUCACUCGCGUGUGGGUUUAGCGCCGGGUCGCGAAGGACGCCACCGCCCGGAGGCAUCACCAUGGCCGUCGGAUCGUAGCUGCGUGGGGCAAGCGCCGUGCUGCCAUCGCUUGUGGUUAGUACCAGACCGCGGUCGCGUCGGGGCGCUGCCGUGGCUUGCGGGUCGUCGUCGCUAGGGGAGCGGCGCCGCAGUUACUCAUCGUUGAAUCGCCGCGGCGUCCAGGUCACCCUCGCGGCUGGAGAAAAAGUAGGAAGGGGAUAAUUUCUGUUUUUUCUCUCUUCAGCUAAUAAUUAGUAGGUUUUUUUGGGAAAACUGUGGUUAAGUGGCUGGUGGGAUUCCCCCUCUAUCUGUACCAUAUGUUCGCCAUUUGAUGGCCCAGGAGGAUAGUUUUCAAGUUUUCACUGAACGGACAUUUUCACUGGAUACUUCGCCCUUAUUUACCCUCAUGUCACAUGUACUACCAUGUGACAAUAAUACUAUUUCUUGUUCCAUCACCCAAAUUUUGCUUUACAAUGUAUAUAUAAAUUUUGCUUUACCAUGUGACAGUAAUACUGGUAUGUAUGUAUCCCUGUUGUCUUGUCUUGUAAUGCAGCUACUGAUGCUAUUGACUGUAAUGCAGUUGUUAUGUUUUUCAACAGGACUGGCUUUACGAAGAUAAGGCAAAAAUGACACGAGAUAAGAGCUGGAUGGACAGGGAAAGAGUAGUUGUUGUUCUUUUAGUGAUGUUGCUAUUUUGAUAGUGAUGCUAUGUACACAAUGUUGCUAUGAACUUGUGUUUUUUAGUGUUGUCGCUAUUUUCAUUACUUUGCCAUCAACUUAUGAUCUUUUGUGUGAACAAUCUAUACAAGUAUGGCUGCUGAAACUUGUGUGCUUUCAUGUUGAAACUUGUGUUACAUAUCUCGCUGAGAUGGUUUGUUAUAUCCUACUAAAAUCUUGUGUCAUAUGUCCUUAUAUAUAUCUUG